GCCGCGGCGCCUCGUGCCGGGGAGCCAUCGCUGCAGCCCGAGGCCGGGUCCCGGGUCGGGGGCUGCAAGGGGAGGCGACGGCGGCGGCGGCGAGAGCCCCACCGGGGGCCUGGGACUGGGGAACUGCCUCCGGCUUCACGAUGCCAGUAUGGACAGAAUAGCUUAUGAUGCUUCUCCCCACCCACCACUUCCGAGACAUUGAGCGGAAGCCAGAAUACCUCCAGCCAGAGAAGUGUGUCCCACCUCCCCACCCCGGUCCUGUGGGAACCAUGUGGUUUAUCCGCGACGGCUGUGGCAUUGCCUGUGCCAUUGUCACCUGGUUUCUGGUCCUCUAUGCGGAGUUUGUGGUCCUCUUUGUCAUGCUGAUUCCAUCCCGAGACUACGUGUACAGCAGCAUCAACGGAAUCGUGUUCAACUUGCUGGCCUUCUUGGCUCUGGCUUCCCACUGCCGGGCCAUGCUGACGGACCCCGGAGCAGUGCCCAAAGGAAAUGCCACUAAAGAAUUCAUCGAGAGUUUACAGCUGAAGCCCGGACAGGUGGUGUACAAGUGUCCCAAAUGCUGCAGCAUCAAGCCUGACCGAGCCCACCACUGCAGCGUUUGUAAGCGGUGUAUUCGGAAGAUGGACCACCACUGUCCCUGGGUCAAUAACUGUGUCGGCGAGAACAACCAGAAGUACUUCGUCCUGUUUACAAUGUACAUAGCUCUCAUUUCCCUGCACGCCCUCAUCAUGGUGGGAUUCCACUUUCUGCACUGCUUUGAAGAAGACUGGACAACCUACGGACUGACCAGGGAAGGGACAGCAGAGGCCCAAAUCUCUCUUCAUGAAAAAAAGCAGCCCCCUAAAGUCAGUUCCACAGAGUGCAGCUCCUUCUCGCCGCCGACGACAGUGAUCCUCCUCAUCCUGCUGUGUUUCGAAGGGCUGCUCUUCCUCAUCUUCACCUCCGUGAUGUUCGGGACGCAGGUGCACUCCAUCUGCACAGACGAAACGGGCAUCGAGCGCCUCAAGCGAAAGCACCAGCCCAGGGAGCGCAGGGGCAGCUGGAAGUCAGUGAAAGAGACCUUUGGUGGGGACUUCUCCCUGAACUGGUUCAACCCCUUCUCCGGACCCUGCGACCCAGAGCCUCUCAGUGACAGGGACUGGGUGCGGCAGGCGGCCUCGCUGUCCGAAACAGACAACACGGAGACCACAGAGGAGCAGUCAGAGGAGAGGAAGGACGAGGACUCCGUGGAGGUGACAGAUGAGUGAAGCUGCCGUGGCGGGGGGGGCCAGAAACUGGAAAGCCGCUGGCAACCUGGACGUGGGCGUCGUGGCCCCGGCGUGGCUGGGACGUGCCGCCCUGCACCCCAGCCCCCCACCCAUCCCCGCAGGCUGCUUGCGGCCACGGCCAUCCCCUGUACACCCUCCUCCUCUCCCCAAGUUGGGCCAGGUCUUGGUGAAGGGCGGACGGGGGCAGCAGGAGGAGGAGAGAGUCCCGGAGGCCGUCCAAGAAGAGUCUGCCCGGCGCGGGACUGGGUGUCCUUCCGAGACGGGGCGCCCCCCCGCACCUGCCACGGCCCCACCAGCAAUGAAAGCUCUGCGCGGAGCAGCGCAGGGGCGGAAAAGAACUUGCCUUUGGCUUUUCUCGGGAUGUCUGUCUUCUUUGGGGGGUGGACGGAGCCCGAACGAUGUUAGGAUGGAAGGACAGAGCAGGGCUGGCCUUGGGGACCCGGGGCAGGACACCCACAUCCGAGCAGACCAGCCUGGAAAGGGUGCCGCGUCCCAGCUGCUCCCUGGAGAGGCUCCCCCGAGCCUGUGAAAACCAGGAGACGGGUGCGGCUGCGCGGGUCCGGCUCAGUCUGAGGAGGACCCCGCACCGGGCUAGUCACACACACACACACACACACACACACGCAGGCCGCACCCAAGUGGGCGAGGACAGUAACUGUGUCCUGACAGCAGUGCCACACUCAGCCCCCAUGCCGUUCCACAGACAUUAGACUCGGCACGGAGGCGGACAGCGGGGAGCCACCCAGCGGUCAGGGUUGGGGAGAGGCCCUGUGGAGAGGGGGACAGACCUCCGCCUGGACAGAGUCUCACAACCCACACGGGCAGAACUGACCAGAAAUCUCUCGGGCCUGGGUUUUAAGCCCACUGCUCACAAGAUAGGGUCCAUUUCAUCUCUCUGAGGGGGAUGGGUGGUGACCACAGACUACAGACCGAUGAACCAGGAAGACAGACAGACGGACACACACACACACCCCACUUUGUCAGGAUGAGCCUGAUUGAAGCCCAGGGUUACCUACUCAGAGGGGCUGGUGUUCCCAGAGUCACCUGUCCUGAUCCCGGCGCAGGGCCCUCGGAAGACAUCCCAUAAGGGGUGAUGGCAGACCUCCAGAGCCCCCAGGCCGCGGGCCUGUCUUCCUGGUCCGCAUCAGCUUUAUUUACUUAUGUCGAUGCCGAGAGACCUGGUCAGCUCCAAAGGCCAUGCCCUUGCCAUCUGGGAAGGCCAGGCCCACUAGCCACUCUGGGAGAGCCGUUGUCCCAUCACAGAGGCCUGUCCUUUGUUGUCCUAACCUGGAAAGCAGCCUGGGGUUGAGGGGUGGGGGGCAGACAGCCGACUGGAUACCAAAGACUGUACCCCGUGGAGAAAGGCAAUGCUACCCCGGGAGCCCUCAAGGAGGUGGCCAUUACAAUAAGGGAAGGGGGUCCCCUGGUCACCGGGGGCAGCGUCGGUCUCCACUGACUUAAGGCCGGUGGUCAGAGGGCUGCUGAGAUUCCAGCGGCCCCGGAACCAGCUCUGAGUGCCUGGUGGCUAUGGGAGGCCUGUCACCCAUGGUCAGACGGGCCCCCUGCCCACAGAGCUCAUCUCGAGCUGGAGCUCGGCGGCAGGAGUCCUGGUUCGGGGGGCCCAGACGGGGCCACGUGGGAGCUGUGACCCACCCAACCCCGAGCUUCCUGUCCUCACUGUCCUCCCGUCACCACUGACACAGUGGCCUUCCCUCCAGGCGCGGCAGCUGCCAACAGCCUAACACUGUGCUUGCUUCGAACUGACAGGAUCGCAGCUGUUGUCAAAACGACGAGGGCCACAGCGGGGGAGACUGGGCACAAACCCCCACCUUAUGCUCUGAAUAAAAAGCUUUUUGCUUGA